AUGAGUUUUGUUCCGAGUGACCGGGUCGUCGAGACGAUUCCCAUGUCGAGAAGGGGGCAACCCAAGGACAGAAAGCCUGUCCAAGAUGGUCGACAAAACCCCGCUGUAGGAGCCAUUCCGCCUUUCUCGAUUUAUGAACCUUCCUCAGAACCACGAUCGGCUCGAAGGCGCCGGUCUUAUGAGAGGCUGCGUCCAGAAGUCAGGGUGUCCUCACAUACAGAAUCAGAUUCUGAUCUCCCAUAUCGUCAUCAACGGCCCCGAGCAACAGGCAUCUAUCACAACCCAUCGUUACCUCGUCGACGUCCAAAAGUUACCUUGGUCGAUCUGCACUCGUCUGACACGAAGCAGGACCGUGAAAUCCGCAGACAGCAAAAUGAGAUAGACCGGCUGGAGGAAGACUUGCGUCUUCAUAAACUCAAAAUGGACAUAGAGAGUGAUCGAGAGUUCGAAAACAAGAUUUCGGAGCGAUUAAAGAGACUGGAUGAGAUGGAAAGAGAAGAGGAGCGAACAAACCUGAAGAGAGCCGAAAGACGAGCCGAGGAGCAAUCCAAGAGGAAAGAAGAAAUUAAAGCUGCGUUACGCGAAAAGGAAUGGAAAGAGAUGAAGAAGAAGAAAGAAGAGGAGGGACUGCGGGCCCGGAUUAGGAAAGAGCUGCACGACGAAGAGAUUCAACGGAAAUUCGAAGAACGCGAACGUUUCAUUCACGAGAACAAGAUUCGGCGCGCUGCUAUUGAAGACUAUAAGUUGGCGGAAGAGCAGCGCCUUCUUGAGGAGGAGAGGCAGAAGAGGCAGCUGAAAAAGGAGUAUAGAGCAGCCAUUGAAGCGGAGCUCGGGUAUUCCCUCGAGCAGGUGAAAGAUAUUCUCACCAAGGCGACAGGCAAGAAAGCCCAGAGACAGAGUCGGGGGCGUAGCCAAGCAUUUUCUGCAACUGUUCAUGAUGUCUCUAGUGGCGACGAGGCAGAUGUGGAAGCACCUUGA